AUGGCAUUAACACCUGAUGAAGUAAUUUCGAAUAGCAAUGAUGAGACAAAUUCUUUCUCAUCAACCAAUAAACUUCCUAUAGAAAACGAAGAAGUAGAUCGAAUUGAGGAGCCUCUAUCGACAACAACUAUUGAAAAAGAAAAUUUAUUUGUAACUUCAACUAAAUUUGAAUCUGAAGCUGAGACAACAUUGAUAGAAAAUUCAAAUUCAAUUUCUUCUUCUUCUUCUUCUAAUGAAAUAAAUAAAGAAAAUCUUGAUAAUAAUCGUCGAAAUCAAUUAAAAAAUCGUUCAGUUAGUUUUGCUCCAAUGGUUGAAGAAAUUGAAAUACCUUCAUCUCGUCAUUCUUCUUUUUCAUCAACAUAUUCACCAAUUAAUUUUGUUGAUGUACUUGUUGAAAGUUAUAAAGUUGAAAUUUCAAAUAAUUUAUUUUCAUUAAAUGAAGAAAAAAAAUAUAUUCCAAAAACAACUCGUACACGUUUAAAUCCUAAUUGGCGUGAACAUCGUAUACGACGUUUAAUGAAUAAAUUAGAAGAAUUAAAUUUAUGGGAUCGUGAAGAAGAAUUAAAAGCAACACAAGCUCAAUAUUUACGUGAACAAAAAUUAGAACAAAUACAAGAUCGUCAACGUAAUCAUGAUUUAUGUUUACAAUUAAUGCGUCAAAGACAUGAAAGUGAAAUUGAAAGUGCUGUUCUAUUAGAUCGUACUGCAAAUACUAAUAUUAAUGAUGAAAAUACAAGUGUAACAAUAGCACAAGCAAUGAAUUUAGCAUCAUCAACAAAUAUUCUUACUUAUGAUUUACCAACACCACCACAAACACUUAAACGACGUGUUCGACAAGAACAAAAUAAAUUAUUAAAUCUUAAAACACCUAUUGGUCGUUAUCGACAAUUUGAAACAACAAUGAAUAAUAAAAUUGACAAAAUCAAUCAAAAAUUACAACCAAAUUGGAAUAUAAUGCGUUCAUACAAUUCAUAUUAUGCACCAAUUCCAUCAUCAUUUGUACCAUUAUUUAAUGAAACAUAUUUAGGAUUACUUUCAUUACCUGAUAUACAUUCAUACAAUAGAUAUAAUCAACAUCAUUAUAGUAUGCCUUCUCAUUUACAUCAAUCAUCACCACAUGCUUCUAGUCCUGAUCAUGAAACUCGACUUAGAUCUCAUUCAAAACGUGAUGUACGUGUACCGUUAAAAGAACAAAUUAAUGAUAAUAUGAAAUAUGAUGAUGAUGAACAUACUCAUUCACGAUUAAGUUCUAAUCCAUCAAAACGAUCAACAAAUAUAGUAUCAAAUAGUGCUUCAUCAUUAUAUGAUCGUACAACAUUAACAAAUACAUCUGAUGAAUCUUUAUUAAUUCAUUCACGUCAACCACAAUCAAAUAAUAUUCAUCAACGAAAUCUUAAUGAUAAUCUUAAUGCUAUAAGAAAUUUUUCAGUUGAAACAAGUAAAAAAAUUUUACAAAGUAUUACUGGAUCAACAAAUGAUGUUUUAAUAAAGAAUCGAUCAACAUCAGUACCAAUACAUAAACAUGUUAAAUUUAUUGAUGAAUAUGAUGAUCAUGAAGAAAACUUCAAUUCUAAUAAAUCAUCAAGAAUGAUGUAUCAACCAGAAAUGAUAUCUCUUUCAUCAACACGAUAA